AUCUGAUGUUGUUUGUUGGUCAGUUUAUCAGCCCUCAUAGAUGAUUAUACGUCUUUCUUCUUCUUCCUAAACCCUAGUACCAUAAUUUCUACAUCGCGAUAAUGGCGGAGCAGACCACCAUGGAUCCAACAUCACCCGCGACUCUUGUCUCCGUAUCUUCUCCUAAUCCUCCUAAGAAAGAAAACACCAAUCCUAUUGAUUCAAAGCUCCUCACGGAACUCAACGAAUCAAGGGCCGAGUUGCUUAAUAGGAUCUGGAAUCUGAAACAGGACUUGCAAAGUUGGAGAGGCAAGCUGGACACACAAGUUCAAGUCUACCGUGAGGAGCUCUCUGGGUUAAAGAAGACUCUGAAUCUUGAAGUUGAGCAGCUCCGUGAGGAAUUCAAAGAACUGAAAACUACCUUGAAUCAGCAGCAAGAUGAUGUUUCUGCCAGCCUUAAAAGCUUAGGCCUACAAGAUGACUCCAAAGAUUCAAAAGAGCAAAUGGUGACGAAAGAGAGAGUGGAAGCUCGAUUGACUGAUGAGAAUGCGAAAGAAGCUGAGCCUUAGAGAUGAUGAUACUGUUUCUUCUUAUCAUCUUACCACUACUACUACUACUUCAACUACGUUGAAGUUGUACCGUUCCUUAAAUAUAUAGUACUUGCGGUUUAGUUAA